UGACAUUUCAUGGGAGUAGAUUGAAAAACGUUGUUUUCUCAAGAUCUCGAGUACGAGAUCAUGAAUGUUUUUCAGUUUAUUUUUUAAUUUAGAUUUUGUAUGUAAUAUGGAUGUGCAUUACCACCUGUGACUUUAAUUUGUUAAUAUUUCGUUAUUCGUGAAUUGAAAAAAAAAAUCGAAAAUGUUUAUUACACGAGGAACUUUAAUUAUAACUUUAAUUUUCUGCAGUGAAUAUAUUUCGUGUUUUAAUUUUGAAGAUAGGGAUCCGCUAGUUAAAAAAGCUCCCGAAGACCAAAAAGGUUCUUACUUUGGUUUCAGCGUUGCCCAACACAGCACCCUAAAUUUACCGAGCAACCAGUCGGAUAAUGAAUUUUGGAUACUUGUAGGAGCACCCCUCGGAAAAAAUUUGCAACCAUACACGAAUCAAUCCGGAGCUUUAUUCAAGUGUCCAAUUUCUAAUUAUGACGAUGACUGCAUUCAAGUAGAAACAGAUGGUAAAAGAUUUGCCGAUUUCGAUUACGACGAUACAGAAACAGAUUCCUCAGUUUUAAAACCUCACGAAGCUAAUGAAAUUAAAGAAGGGCAAUGGUUAGGAGUCACCGUCAAAUCACAAAAACCCGGUGGUAUUGUAAUAGUUUGUGCACACAGAUAUAUAAAAAGUGAAAAUUUAGAAGAAUUUCAUUAUGGUCAAGGUCUCUGCUACCUUUUAGAUAAAGAUCUGAAUACCUAUGAGAGUUUGUUAUUAUGUAAAGGUAGACCUAUGGAAAAACUCCAUCAGCAGUUUGGAUUUUGCCAAGUAGGUACUAGUGCAUCAUUUGUUGGGGAUGAGUUUGCUUUGUUAGGUGCUCCCGGUCCUUAUACUUGGAGAGGUACUGUCUUUGGACAGAUUGUUGUUGGAGAAUACCUCAAUAGAGACAAGACUACAUAUCACGGGCCGUUUGGAGACAUUGAUAUAAUUGAUAAAUACAGUUAUUUGGGCAUGAGCGUCGGCGGAGGGCAUUUUUUCAGCAAAACUGAAUAUACUUACAUAGCCGGAGCACCGAGGUCUAAAAUGGUCGGACAGGUGUAUUUUUUCAAAAAAUACAGUCUCAACGAAGAUUUGAAUAUAUCUUUAAUAUUAACAGGCGAACAAUUCGCGGCUAGUUAUGGUUACGAAAUACUCGCGGUCGACGUUAACAACGACGGUUACGACGAUUUAUUAGUAGGCGCCCCCUUUUAUUAUAGCAGCGAAGAAAAAGGUGGAGCAGUAUAUAUUUAUUACAAUAUAAGAGAUUGUAUUGAAGACAACAACUGUCAUUAUGAUAACGUAUUGUAUGGAAAAUUAGAAUCUAGAUUUGGAUUCGCGAUGACCUCGUUGGGUGACAUAAAUAAAGACGGUUACAAAGACGUCGCCAUAGGAGCCCCUUACGAAAGCGAUCACGGAGCCGUUUAUAUAUAUUUGGGUUCAGCUAAUGGUUUAAGUAACGAACCUUCACAAAUAAUUAGAGAAAAAAAUAUAAGAGCACUGGGAUAUUCUUUGAGCGGCGGUCUAGAUAUGGAUGAUAACGGUUAUCCCGAUUUAUUAGUGGGAGCGUUCGAAUCCGACAGGGUACUUUUAUUUAAAGCCAGACCAAUUAUAGAUAUCAAAAUAACAGUGGAAAGCACGGAAUUAUUGAAUAUAAAUGCUUCGAAAAAAGGUUGCCACAACAUACCCGACAAUAACCAUACGUGUUUCUCGUUUAAAACUUGUUUUAAGGUUAUAGGAGAUAUUAAAAAAGACGCCAACUUCGACGUAAUUUACAAUAUAGCUGAAGAAAAGAAAAUCGUCAAUAGAAUUUGGUUUGUCGAUGAAUUACAUCAUGAUAAACGAUCACCGUAUAAAUCGGCAGUUGUACCGGUUAGCGGAUAUUCAAAAUUAUACUGUCAAGAAGAAACGGUCAAUUUAAAAGACGGCGUAAGCGAUAUAUUGACACCUAUCGAAUUUAGAGUGAAUUAUACUUUAGAAAAUAACACCUACCACACGCCGAUCUUGAAUAAAACUUCCGUUAAAAUAAUUAGGGCUAGUUUUCAAAAAGAAUGCGGCUCCGACGAUAUUUGCGAAAGUAAUUUGACGUUAACGGCGAGUACCGAUUUGGAUUUGGAUGAAACCGGAGCUUAUAAAGUGCAAAUCAUAAACGAAGAUUUCGUUUUGGAAGUAAACGUUUCUAAUAGCGGCGAAUCCGCUUACGAAGCCAAACUUUUCGUCGUACAUCCCAAAACGAUAAGUUACGUAACGUUGAAAAACGACCGUAACGUAUCGGACGGCAUCAAAUGUUUGUUUAAUAACGAAACCUUGGUAAUUUGUAAUAUAGGCAAUCCCUUACAAAAAAAUACGAAAAUUAACCUCAAAUUGCGUUUCGAAAUAUCGAGGGAUAUCAAAGAUCCGAAAUUGCAAUUAAAUAUGUUCGUCAAUUCUACGUCCAAGGAAUUAUCUAAACAUACGUCAGCGACGUUGGUUGCGGUUUUAAUGAAAAUAGCAAAGUUCCAGAUAACUGGCAAGGCGUCCUCGAAUUUGUUUUAUGGUGGAAAAGUGAUUGGAGAAUCGGCGGUUAAAUAUUUGGAUGAUAUCGGCGCUAAAGUUAUUCACAAAUACCAAAUUGAUAAUAACGGACAAUGGGAUUUAGCAGAUGUAAAGGUUUUCAUAAAAUGGCCUUUACAAGUAUCGCCAGGUCCGGAUUAUCCAGAUAGACCCGGUAAAUGGCUUCUGUAUCUCGAAAAUAAUCCGAAAUUGUACGGAGUCGACGGUUUCUGCGCUCCGCUAGGAACCGCAAGACCCAACGAAUUACAACUAAAUACCUCAAAAUUCGAACCGGACGAACCGGAAAAUUUAAUGCUACCCAGCGAUUUCGAACAAAUACUUAAUAUGAGCAAAUCACAUUCUCGAAGCAAAAGAAGUACUAACUAUAUUGUCCCGUACGAAGUGACGGAAAAAGGGGGGAAAAGAAGAAAAAUCGUGAUUAUGGAUUGCUUUUCCAGAAGUGCAAAAUGCAUCGACAUAUUAUGUACGAUAAGAAAACUUAACAAAGGUAACCAGGCUGAAAUAGACAUCCAAUCCCGUAUCUGGAAUUCGACCCUAGUUGAAGAUUACAGCAAUUUGGAUUGGGUCGUGAUAAAAUCGACGGCAACGGUGGUAAUCGAAGAUGGGUCUUUCAACAUUAGCUCCGAUACGAUUUCCGAAUAUUCAGCAGAAACGAUCGCGUAUCCGGCAAUAGUUUCGGCGGAUACAGAAUUGAAUUGGUUGAUAAUAGGCGGUGCCGUAUUCGUAGGAUUGCUACUUCUCAUUCUACUCAUAUUUGUUUUAUAUAAAUGCGGUUUCUUCAAAAGGAAACGUAUCAGUGACGAUCCUACGUUAUCGGGAAAUUUACAAAAGAAAAGCGAAGCCGAUCAUUUACUUACAGAAUAAAAAAAACGUUGUGUCGCCAUUGAUAUAAGUUAUUUAAGAAGUUUUAAAAGUAAAUGUGCCGAAAUACAUGUCAUUUUCACCUAAAUUGUUCUAAUAAAACAUUUUAACAAAUACAUCGAAAAAUAUGACUGAAAAUAUCUACCGAAAACACUGUCCUAUCAUAUUAAAUAAUUAGAUUAGUAAAUAUUAAGACGGGGGCGGCUUUAAGGGGAUAUUAAUAUAUUUGUAUUAAUUUAAUUUUUGAUUAUAAUGGAAAUUGAAAAUUAUUUUGGAAUUAUUACUUAACUUAUUAGUGCCAUUGGACGCUAAAAUAUUUAUUUGCUUUUUGAAUGUUUAGAUUUAAAAAAAUGUUUAAAUUAGUGAUUGAUUUGUGCCUUUCACUCCAAGUAGACUCUAAGAUUUACUCUUUUUAACUCGGAUUUUUAAUUAGAAUUAUUAUUGAAACACCCUGUAACGUGAAAUCAAAUGAUGACUGGAACGUGAUUUAUAGAAUCUUUUUCUUGAACAACAUCCGGAACGAUAUGGUCGUAUUCGAUACAAACGGAAAUAUUGAAAAACUUUGUACUUAUUUCUAGUGAAAUAUUUAUGUAAACCCGUUAUUAGCUGUACUUAACAAUCACUCUGGAUUAAUGGGAAAUUCAUUAGUAAAACUUAAUUUUGAGUUGUUUCAUAAAUAUAUUGGUAAAUGAUUUAACAUAAAAGUAACUAGAUAAUACAUUAUAUUCGGAAUUUCUAACAAGUGAAAUCCAUGAUUAUUUCAACUUCAAAAUUCAAGUUUUGCCAAAAAGUUUUUGAAACAUAAAAGGACUCGAUUAUGUUUUUAUAGCCUCAAAUUAUCAUACACUGGGUAUAUUCUUCGUGCUUCGCCAUUUAUUUAAUAAUAAUAUAUGAAUACAUAUAUAUUUAGUAUUUAUUAUAAAUAUUUCCCAUUUAUUUAUCAUUAUAAACAAAAUUGAAAUCUACUUCAUUUUAAAAUAAAAAAAAAUUCCGUCUCCUUUGGCAACUAUAUUUUUUAAUUACAAAACAAGUUUGUAAUUUAUGAAAUUAUGUGUAGCUUAAUAUUUAAAAUAAUUUUAGGCAGCUAAUGCGAAAUUUCAAAAAUUUUAUUGAGUAGAUUUCAUUUUUACUGUCGCUUCAUACAUCGUUCUGCCAUUCCAAAAUACUGGAUAAUCCGUAGUUUUGAUCUCUCAAAAUCACGCCAUUUUUUAUAUGAUCAACAAAAAGAAUUUAAAAAUCAUUCAUGGAAUAAUGAAUCAUAUAUUUGUGGUAAUUUUUGUGGUCCCUUAGUAGUAACUAGAAAAAUCUGUUAACGGGCUUAAAACAAUAAAAAAUUUAAAAUAUGAUGUAGGAUGAAUUUUCUUUGUUUUUAUCUUUCUAACAUUAUCUGAAAUAUCACCAAUUUUUAAUACAAAUUUGAAAAUAUCAAAUUUCGAAAUCAUUAGUUAGGUUCAAAUUAAACUGAUUUUAAAAAACUAUAACAAAAUUUCAUUUGUAAAAAAUUAAGUUUCUCGUAUUAGUUUUCUGGGUAUAAAGUUGUUUUGUGUUUUGUGUAACAUAAUUUUUCUCAAUAAAUUUAAAACUGGAUGAUUUUUCGAUUUCGUAUGACAAAAAAAAACAAA